AUGAACGCAGGGGAGCUGCCGAUUGAAGUUUUUCUCAAGGCACAGCCGCGCUCGGUGCUCAAUAGACUGUAUGAGAAGCCAGCGAGCUGCUUGGCCGUGUUCCGACUGCUGCCGAUGGUAGCGCGGCAGGUUAUUAUGGACAUGCUUUUUCUUGACGGCCCACUCGCCAUUCGCGACUGUCUGCGCCUGUUUCGCCAGGAGAGCGCAGGCGAAUAUACUGUGCCUGUUCAGCGCAUGGAACAUUUAUCCAUCAUCAUGACGCGCGACGGCGACUUGUACAUGAACGACAUCUUCAAGAAAGGCAUUACUGGCGCGCUUAAUGGCAGCGGCGAUUGUGCAUCUUUUGGCACGCCAUGCACGCCAUCCAAAAGCGACCGCGAGAAAACCAGCGUCGAAUUCUUGGACGAGUAUGCGCGGAAGCAGUGGGAGACGAUCCUUUACUUUAUGGUCGGCAGCGAGCAAACACCGGCGCCGCGCAACACGGUGCUCUUUUUGCUGCAACGUGCAGGUCUUAUGCAACGCGAUUCCGAUACCAUGCAACUGAGUAUAACGUCGGCAGGGUUCCAGUUCCUGCUACAGGACAUCAAUUCCCAGCUCUGGGUCCUCCUGCUGCAGUACUUGCGCAUGACCGAAGAGCGGAACAUGGACCUGGUCGAGGUGCUUGCGUUCUUCUUUACGGUGGGCGGUCUUGAAGUAGGUCGUGCGUACGAAGCCAAAGGCUUCUCCCUUACACAGCUGCAGACGCUCGAAGAGCUCAGCGACUAUGGGCUCGUGUACAGGCCGUCCAAAGCUGCGAAAUACUUUUUUCCGACGCGGCUAGCGGCAACACUUACAUCCACCGCAUCUCCUUUGCUUUCUUCGCUUGGCGCGCAGGAAGCACAAGGCUAUGUCAUUCUUGAAACCAACUACCGCAUCUAUGCGUAUACCUCCAAUCUUUUGCGCAUUGCGAUUCUGAAUCUCUUCAUCACGCUCAAGAGCCGCCUACCGAACCUGGUUGUUGGCCAGCUGACGCGUGAUAGCGUCAAAGCGGCGCUAAAAAAGGGAAUCACUGCCGCUCAAGUAAUUGCGUACCUGAGCCACCAUGCACACCCCCAAAUGUACAAAAACGACCCGCUUCUGCCCGCGACCGUUUCGGACCAAAUCCGGCUGUGGGAGCGCGAAAAGAAUCGUGUGGCUACGAGUGUGGGGAAUUUAUAUGCCGAGUUUACGUCGAGUCAAGAUUAUGAACAGGUGCGCGAUUACGCACAGAGCCUUGGCGUGCUGCAAUGGUCCAGCGAUGCAAAGCGCAUGUUUUUCGUCGCCGCCGAGGGACAUGAAAACGUGCGCGAGUUUAUACAGCGGCGCCGCGUGUAA